AUGGGCCUGGCCGCUGUGGCCUGCUUCCGGAGAUGCUGUGAGGGUCUCUUCGCCUCGCAGGAGCAGUUCUUCCAGGAGCUCUUCGAGGGCGAGCUGGCCUCGCAGGCCACGGCGGAGUUCGAGCAGGCCAUGCGCGACCUGGCCCAGGAGGAGCCCCACCUGGUCGAGCAGUUCCAGAAGCUCUCCGAGGCCGCCGGCAGAGUCGGGAGUGACCCCACGUCCCAGCAAGAGUUCACUUCCUGUCUGAAGGAGACCCUCAGCGGCUUAGCCAAGAAUGCCAACGACUUGCAGAACUCGACAGUGGCGGAGGACGAGCUGGCCAAGACGAUGGAAGGGCUGGGCCUGGAGGACGGGGGGGAGGGCGACGGCAGCCUCCUCCCCCUCAUGCAGAGCAUCAUGCGGAACCUCCUCUCCAAGGACGUGCUCUACCCCUCCCUCCAGGAGAUCACCCACCAGUACCCAGAGUGGCUCCACAGCCACCGGGAGUCCUUGCCCAAGGAGCAGUACGACAAGUACCGGGAGCAGCACAGCCUCAUGGGCAAGAUCUGCGAGCAGUUUGAGGCGGAGCGGCCCACGGACGGCGACACGGAGCAGAAGGCCCGCUUCGAGCUGGUCUUGGACCUGAUGCAGCAGCUUCAAGACCUGGGCCACCCUCCCAAGGAGCUGGCUGGGGAAUCGCCACCUGGCCUGAACUUUGACCUUGAAGGACUGAAUCUGCCCGAUGCGGCCAGCGCCGGAGGAGACCAGUGCCGGAUCAUGUGACCAUCUCCCACG